AUGAUCUGGGUGCGCUAUCUCCCUCGCAAUCCUCGAUUUGACCUCCGCCAGUGUCGGACUUUCACUACAGGGCCCACCAGCAUAGUAAACGUUCGACCCGUGAGGAUAAAGAGGCCAUGGUUCAGACGAUUUGCUACUAGCGUCUUCGUUUACGGUGUCGCAUUCCAGAUCUGGACUUCCUUCGUUUAUGCACGACUAGAACAGAGUACUUUGGGCGAUCCCUCGACUGGUGUUCCUUCUGCAGUAUUGAGCGAAACCAGAAUCAUUGAAGCAAACAAAAGGAACAGAAAGGCGCUGGAUGACGAGGAUGAGGAUGAGGACGUCACCUUUAUACCCCUGAGCUGGCCUCGACUUCGUCCCGGUGAUUUGUACAAGAAAAGCGAUCCAGAAUGGCAAGCCAUUCAGAAGUAUACCAACGACGCGGAAAAGACUAGUGUCUUGAUGAAGGAGCUGGAAGAUCUAGUGCUUGCUAAAUUGUCGCUUCAACCAAAAUUCGUACGUGCUCUUGGAGGAAAGCCACUCAAAGUUGGGGAGAGCUGGUUGCUGGCUCAUACACCAUUCCGUGCCCCGCCGCAGUAUGAAACCAUCGGUUUGGCAAUCGCGGAUGAUGAGAUAGCUUUGGUAUCAAAACCUAUUUCCCGGGAGCAAGGCCAAUUACUCACAGCAGCGCUAUUCCCUUCUGCUGUGGCUUCAGCAAUGUAUGCGGCCGGUACGGUUUUUUGGAAGCGAAAGAUACAACAAUUUCAAAAUUAUGUUGGAUCUGAGGAUCGCUCCACCAGAGACGCUAUCAUGCAACUGAAGAAGAUCAACUUUCAAUCAGACCUGAACCCAUCAACCAGCGUCAGUUUGCAGAGUUUUGCCGACUGGGAGAAAUCGCUUUCUUCGGGCACUGUUGAGGAGGUCGACCCAUCAGCAGUGUCAGCGACGACGACUACGUCGACGCCUCAGUCUCAGCCUGAUGCUUCUCGCAUACCUCCAGUACUCUCGUUGGUGCAGGGACUUUCCUCUCAAUACAAAGGCUCCGACAUUUACCUUGCCUACCUUACUUUCAGGCUACAUCUGAUGAGAAACAGAGCGCUUCAACGCAAAGUACCGCCGCGCGGUGUGUUUUAUGUCAGCGGACCCGUGGGCAUCAAGGGUCCCAAAGGAGAAUGCAGAGUUGAGGUUCUCGGUGAAUAUGAUCCUGCAGAGAAGAAGUGGUGCUCGUUGAUGGUUGAUCUCAAGGACCUCCGGCAAGAUGGCCAAAAACCACUUGGAUAUUAUCGUGAAUGA